AUGUCCAGGCUGAUCACCACCUACUACCUGCUCGACAUCUCCGCCAACGGAUACGUGCCCAAGACAUGGGAGCCCAGAGAGCUUUGGCCGCAACGGUUCGCUUACACCACCUUCCGCGACGCACUGGAGUUCGAGAGGCUUCGGUUCCUAUUCCCUUGCUGGAGGCCGCAUCUCGACAAUCACGCAUUCUGGAACAAGGCGGUCGCGGUUCUUGAUCCUAUGGGCACCUACAACCAUCUCACCGUCGUCCAACCUACACCUACCACUGGCUCGAACGCCGUCCUUAUCGGACGGAUGAGCAUGUGGCAGCACUACCGGCAUAUGCUCGACGCGUCAUGCAUCGUGUGCCGCGUCAACUUUCCGUACAACGGCGAGGGCCUCUGCACGGGGGCUGGGAAGCGUUCGUCGCAGACGCUUAUACACGGCCAGAUUAACCUCUGCAAGGAGCACCGGAAGGGCACCGCUUUCUGUGGUGUCUGCCUGCGAGAGGCGCCGAGAUUGGAGCUGGAGGAGGACUAUGCGCAGGGCAUGCCGGUUUGCUGCGUGGAGAACGAAGACGAAGAGACGUGGCCCAAGAUUGAAGCAACAUGUCGAGGCUGCAGAACGGAGGCGUUCUGGAAACGAGUGAACAUGCGCCCCGAGUGGCAGGUGGCGGUGGACCAGCGGAGAUGGCCGAUGCUGGACUGGGAGACGCGGCAGUCGGUGGAGUCGUUCAUCGACCUCGGUGAAGGGUCGAUACGCGACGUGCUGCAAGUGGCGGAGGAGAAGCACUGGUUACGAUCCUACACGAAGAUCGGAGAUAUGCUGCAGCAGGCAUUGGCAGCGUCCAAGUUCGCCUCUCGAGUGGACGCCGGCGAGGCGUAUGGCAGCGACGAAGAAGUGAGCGACGACGAAAUGGAGGACCCGGAGAUGCUGAGCCUGACGGAGGAUGCGGGCGGGAUACGCGAGCUGGCGAUCAACGACUGGGUGCGGAACCGAAUCCUUGACGGUCACUGGAUCAGCCCCGCGGACGACUACUUCAACCACAUGAACUAUGGCCGCCCCCGAUUAGCUCCCGCGCGCCACCCGUGCCCAUGGAACCGUCGCGCGGUGUAUGAGGGUGCGCUCGACGAUGGUCAGCAGGGCUGCGACGGCCUGGAGGAGCUCACACAUCCCCGACCCAAAACGCACCUCGUGCCUCACCCCCCGACCUAUCCCCUUGCGCAGCAGAUCUAUGUCGCGUUCCAGAGACAGAUGCGUGAAAUCCUGUUGCCACCGAUGCGGAACGUCGUGCGGAAGCUGAUGAUGGAAGCGUCGGCCGACGGCGGGGAUGCAGGGAUGCGGGCGCACAACAUGACGGUGGAGGAUGUGGUUAACGAGUUGAGGGACGAGUCGGCGUGGUACAGCGGGGUGGACUGGCUGGAGGUGCGGCAAAAUCGGAUUGAGGAGGAAGACCGGCGGCGACGGGAGCGGGAGAAAGACGAGGACGACUCGUCGUCAUCCUCGCAUUCCGGCGGCUCGCAUACAACGAGUCCCGUGUUGUCCACGACGACGCUCCAGACAACGCCAUCGCCGCCUCCAGUGAACAAGGACGAGGAGGCGAUUGUGUCAUCGCCGUUGGCCGGAGUGCCGCCCCCGGCGCCGUUCGCUCAUUUGCAGACCUCGUCGUUGAGGGCGGCCGAGCUGCUGAGGCCGAUACCAUACGUACCUGUUACGACGGACCAUAUGGCGCAUUAUAGUCGGGAGGCGUUCAGCUUGGUGCGCAUCCUUGGUAUUUCUGAAAAGCGGGAUGUUGUGCUGACGGCUUACCUCUGUAGGUGUGGAAGGAGGCAUGCGCGCCGCUAUGGCACUGCCAGUGCUCUAUCUGCGAGCGAGCCAUGA